GCGCAGGCGCACCGCGGCAGAGCAGCGCUGUGUCCGGGACCCGCGGCCGACCGCGACUAGACUCCGGCUGCGGUGCUGUCCGCCCCACCCGCACAGUCCAGCUGUCGCGCGUCGCUCGCACACGCCACUGCCGCCAUGGGCUCCUGAGGCCAGCUCGUCGCUUGCUCCUAGGGCUCUCUCGGGGAGCCCCUGCUGCCAGGCACCAUGACGGUGAGGGGGGCCGCGCUGGCCCUGGGCCCACCAUCGCCCACGGCCGCAGCAGCCUCGCCCGGCGUCUCCGGGAUCCCCGAGGGCAGCCCCACGGCCAUGGAGCAGCCUGUGUUCCUGAUGACCACCGCGGCCCAGGCCAUCUCCGGGUUCUUCGUUUGGACGGCUCUGCUCAUCACCUGCCACCAGAUCUACAUGCACCUGCGCUGCUACAGCCGCCCCAACGAGCAGCGCUACAUCGUCCGCAUCCUCUUCAUCGUGCCCAUCUACGCCUUCGACUCCUGGCUCAGCCUCCUCUUCUUCACCAACGACCAGUACUACGUGUACUUCGGCACCGUGCGGGACUGCUACGAGGCCCUGGUCAUCUACAACUUCCUGAGCCUGUGUUACGAAUACCUCGGCGGGGAGAGUUCCAUCAUGUCAGAGAUCAGAGGGAAGCCCAUUGAGUCCAGCUGUGUGUACGGCACAUGCUGCCUCUGGGGAAAGACGUACUCCAUCGGAUUCCUGCGGUUCUGCAAGCAGGCCACCCUGCAGUUCUGCGUGGUGAAGCCGCUCAUGGCCGUCAGCACUGUGGUCCUCCAGGCCUUUGGCAAGUACCGGGAUGGCGACUUUGAUGUUGCCAGCGGCUACCUGUACGUGACCAUCAUCUACAACGUCUCCGUCAGCCUGGCCCUCUACGCCCUCUUCCUCUUCUACUUCGCCACGCGGGAGCUGCUCAGCCCCUACAGCCCUGUCCUCAAGUUCUUCAUGGUCAAGUCUGUCAUCUUCCUCUCUUUCUGGCAAGGCAUGCUCCUGGCCAUCCUGGAGAAGUGCGGGGCCAUCCCCAAGAUCCACUCAGCCCGUGUGUCGGUGGGCGAGGGCACCGUGGCUGCCGGCUACCAGGACUUCAUCAUCUGCGUGGAGAUGUUCUUCGCGGCCCUGGCCCUGCGCCAUGCCUUCACCUACAAGGUCUAUGCUGACAAGAGACUGGAUGCGCAAGUGCCAACAUAUGGUCCUUACGGCCGCUGCGCCCCCAUGAAGAGCAUCUCCAGCAGCCUCAAGGAGACCAUGAACCCGCACGACAUCGUUCAGGACGCCAUCCACAACUUCUCGCCCGCCUACCAGCAGUACACGCAGCAGUCCACGCUGGAGCCGGGGCCCAACUGGCACGGCGGUGCCCACGGCCUCGCACGCUCCCACAGCCUCAGCGGUGCCCGCGACAAUGAGAAGACUCUCCUGCUCAGCUCUGAUGAUGAGUUCUAGGUGUGGCGGCUGUUGCAGGGAAGGAUGGGCACCUCGGCCCGGGCAGGGUGUGCUCCCUCCAGCCUUGCGACCAGGCCAGGAGGCAGGCUGGCACAGCUUUGGCAUCGCCCUUUAAUUUAUUGGACCAGAGACACUCACAUAUCGCUUCCAGAGGAACAGCCACUUGCUGUCUGCCAAGGGAGCAGCCCAGGCUCACCCUCGAGCCUUCAGGAAUAUUCACACAAGGCCAAACCUGCAGGAUCGGGGCAGGAGCAGAGGAUCCUCGGAGCGACGCCCGAGGAUCCCACAGCUUGUCCUGCGGUGGCAGCAUGUCGGGACCAGAUGUGCCCCAGACCCACAUGCUUGUGUUGCAGACCAGUGGCCACAGUCUUCUGCUCUGUCCCCAGGUCCUUGCUACCCCCCCCAAGACUCGCAGCCCCACCCCCAAACACUGUGCAAUACAGCUCUUCCCCACCUGUCCCCUCCCCGGUCGCCCCUUGUCUGAUGCUGGAUUAGCUUUGCCUGGGCAGAAGGAGGGACCACCCCCUGUGAACCCCCUCCUGACCCAGGCCUGCCUGGCGUGCUGCCCAGAUGAGAGCCAGACACCAAGAACACAGGCCCCCUGGGCAGGUGCCCACGCGCCUCUGCGCUCCUCUUCUGUUGAUGCAGCCUCUCCAAGUCGGGGGUCCCUGAGCCCUUGUGUGUCUUCUCUGUGGCUGCACCUCUGCUGGUCUCAUGUCCCUUCCUCCUGGCCUGCUGAGGACAGCCAGCAGCCCACACUGCCCCCUUGGGGUCUAUCUUCUUGAGAGCAUUUUUGGACAGAGUCCUUACUUCUUGCUUGCUCACAGGGUCAAGGGCUCCCCGCUUUCUGCCCAGGCUGAGUGAUCAGAACCUUGGCUGGGGCAUGGUCUGUCGCUGGGGCUUCUCCCUCACAUUUCCCAGGGAGAAUCUGAGUCUCUACCUUUCAGACCAGCUUCUGGAGGAGGGAGGGCGGAGGGCCGGGGCGUGCCGAGGAGGGCCCUGGCCCCAGGUCUGCACAGGGCCUGGUGUCCUCAUCUGGUUAACUGGCUCAUCUCUUCUGUGCCUUAGUCACAUAUGAGCGCUCCCUCUCCCCAGGCCUUCAUUCUACCCCAGACAUACCCCCCCUCCGUUAAGCUGCUGGCACUCAGAAGAUCCUGCAGUGCUGGGCCAAGCACCCUUAGGCCUCAGGGGCGGCCAGGGCCACCUGUCCCCUGCCCUUGCCCGCCUGUGCACCAUGCCCCUGGAGCUUCCCUGGGCCAGAGCCCCCGUGCAGGUUGGUUCACUCUCAGCAGGCACUGCCUGUGUGUACAGGCUUCCCAUCCCCCGGUGGUGUUUGGGCUUGGGCUGCAGUAGCCUGGGGCAGGGGCAGGCUGAGCGAGGAGGGCCCAGUCCGGUGGCUUCAGAAUGUCACCGUGGCACCUCUCUCCUUUUGGCCACUCCUGGAGUGAGCUGUGCCGAGGGUUGAGUGGGGGAUCCGUCCCAGUAAUCUUUACCGGCUCUUGGCCCUUGUGACCAAGCCAGCCCCCCCGGAGGAGCAGCGGCCUGCUGAGGGCUGCUGGAGGCCAGCCUCAGGCCCCAGUCUGGUGGGCUUGGCCAGCCAGUCCCGAGCUGCGGGUCGGUGCAGGCCGCCUGAGAAUGACCUCUGUCUGUCCCCACUCCCGUGAAUCGGUUUCUCUGAUUCCCCUUCCAGGCCAAAGUGUGCAGCUGACUCCCUGCCCCCAGCCUCUGCCCACCCUGGCUUGCCCUCCAGCUCAGCGCCAGGGAGCCCGCGCCCCCCAGGGAGCCGGGGGUGGAACUCGUGCCUGACCAUGCCACCCUUCUAGGAUUCGUAGCCUAACCUGUCUUUUUUUUUUUUAAUUUCCUGAUAGAUUAGCUCUUUGUACAUAAAAAAUACUUGAAAAAUUAACUGUAUGAUGUAUGAGAGACAGAGCCCCUAGUUUUGUAUCUCGCUUAUGACUGCCACCAGCCCCACCGGAAAGCCGCUCUAUUUUGGUCUCUGCGACACGUUGAGUGCGUGACAGAAGUGAGCAAAUAAAGUGAGAGAGGAAUAUA